CGCCACAACCAGCUCCUGGAAGAGAACUUACUCGAAGAACUACCAUACAUUGAAUUCAAUCCAUCGAUCGAAACCACCUAUUCAAGACGAUGAACAUUUUGAACCUCACCAACGAUACCCCCUUGGAAGAAAUUGAACAGCUCCAGAUGGACCUGGAAGCUCCUCUCCUCGGCAAGAACAACAACUCCUAUACUGCCGACGAUAGCUGUGUCAUGUCUUUCCACAUUGCUGACAACAGCAGCAACAAUUCGAACCAGGUGGUUUCCAAGAGAAAAAAAUCUAUCGCUAAGAACAAGAAAAAACCGAAGCAACUCAUGAUCCACGUCAACGAGGACGAAGAUCUCGAUCAGUCGUCGCAAACCACCGAGUGUCAGGUCUUGAACUGUAGUUUCUACGGCGGCCUCGCUCUCGGCAUAAUCCUCCAGGCGCUCUCGUACUACGUCAAUGUAUUUGUCAUGCCGAUGCUCCAGGCCAACGACGCCAGUGGUGCAGGUAGUGGUGCCCAAGAUGCACUCCGCAUCCCCCUGAUUUUGGGCCUUGGUUUCUUGGCACGAUACUGGGUGAUUAUCAUCUUUUUUUUGUCCCCCCUUGUCAUGGCUAUGUGCAAGAAACUCAAACACGCCCGUCGGCGCAGUACUGUGUCGAAACAGAAAGGAGUUGGUGCUCGAAAGUCGAUCCACUCGAACCUCGAGGCCAUCCUAGACUUUUUCCGAUUCCAGUGCGGCCUUAUCUUUGGAAGCCUCAUGUUGCUGAGCCUCCUGAACUUUUACGAUCUGGUCCUCACGGCCCCGUUGUUGGUAGUAGCGAUCUAUUACGGGAUUUGCGUCGGGCUYUCGUUUUUCAUUAUCUGUUUUUUGCGUCUCUUUUCCGAACAGGUCUGCUCCUCCGUUUCGAGCGUGGAAGUUACUAUCAGCUACGACCACGACAGCGACGACGAGGAGUCGGGGUUGUAAACGGAGCGGAACAAAACAAAUGUAAAAAA